AUGGCUAACACUGGUCCUGCCGGCGAUGAGCUUGGAAACGCAGCAGUCAGAUUCUCCUCCGGUGGAUGGAAAUCGGCGAGGCUCAUCAUUUGUGUAGAAAUGGCGGAGAGAUUCGCGUAUUAUGGUAUAUCGUCGAACAUGAUAAUGUACUUGACCGGACCAUUGGGACAGUCAACGGCUGCAGCGGCGGCGAAUGUAAACGCUUGGAUUGGAACGAUGUCGUUUCUGCCGCUUCUUUGGGCGUUUGUAGCGGACGCGUUUCUUGGUCGUUUCCGCACUAUAAUCAUCUCAUCUUCUCUCUAUAUCUUGCUCCAAGUGACUCUCUUCUUCUGUUCACUGUAUGUUAUAGCCAUAGGACAAGGUGGUUACAAACCUUGUAUUAAGGUAUUUGGAGCUGAUCAGUUUGAUGGAAAUGAUUUAAAAGAGGCACAAGCCAAGAGUUCUUUCUUCAACUGGAUGAUGUUUGGAAACUGUGCUAGCAUAGUGAUGACUCGUUUUGUCUCUAACUUCAUCCAAGAGAACGUAAGUUGGUCAUUAGGGUUUGGUAUUCCAAGUGUUUCCAUGCUACUUGCUCUGUUUCUCUUCCUCCUUGGAACUUCCUCUUACCGCUUUAGCACUGAGAGAGGAGGAAAGAAAAACCCUUUUGCUAGAAUUGGGCGCGUUUUCGUGGAGGCGAUAAAGAACAGAAGAAAACCGGAUUCAAAAAUAGCUAACACGGAUGAGACCCUCCUUCUCUUGGCUCACCAGAGUUCCAAGCAAUUAGGAUUCCUUGAUAGAGCAGCGUUUUCAUGUGAUCCGGCUGAAGUUGAAGAAGCAAAAGCAGUGCUUAGGCUUGCUCCUAUAUGGAUGACUUGCUUAGGCUAUGCCAUUGUAUUUGCACAGUCUCCUACUUUCUUCACAAAGCAAGGAGCAACAAUGGACAGGUCAAUCACACCAGGGAUCGUAGUCCCCGCAGCUACACUCCAAAGUUUCAUAAGUAUAUCAGUCGUCGUCUUCAUCCCAAUCUACGACCGUAUGUUCGUCCCAAUCGCAAGAUCAUUCACUAAAAACCCAUCAGGAAUCACAAUGCUUCAAAGGAUUGGAACAGGCAUGUUUCUCUUUGUUCUUGCUAUCGUAAUAGCCGCUUUAGUCGAGACCAAAAGGCUUCAAUCAACUCGGGAUCCCAUCUCUACAUCGAUGAGCGUGUGGUGGUUGGUUCCACAAUAUGUUCUUUAUGGAGUUGCGGACGUGUUCACGUUGGCGGGUUUGCAAGAGUUCUUCUACGACCAAGUCCCUAGUGAGCUUAGAAGCGUUGGUAUGGCUCUCAACCUAAGCAUAUAUGGGGCCGGAGACUUCCUAAGCAGCUUCAUGAUAUCAGUCAUUGAUAAGGCCACGAGCAUGUCUGGUCAAACGAGCUGGUUUGAUAACGACUUGAACAAAGCUCAUCUAGAUUACUUCUACUGGCUACUAGCUUGCCUCAGCACCAUUAGUUUAGCCUCAUACUUGUGGUUCGCCAAAUCGUAUGUCUACAAUAGACCAAAUACCUUCUAA